CAAAAGAAGGUCAUAAUAGCUGCAUGUGAAUUAAUAUAAGCAAUGGGAAUCCCUGAUCAGUAUCUGUACAUUUCGCUAAAUGUGAGACUUCCUGUUUCUUACUGUACAGUACAGCGAGGGAUGCGCGUUGCAUUGUGGGGAUACAAAUACAGCGCAGAAAGAACAGCGGGGAGCACAAAGGAAUCAAAACAGCACCCCGAAAACGUUAAAUGCCAACGCGUUGUAAUGUGAAAACGUGAGCGUUAUUUAAGCUGCGAGGUUCGGUGGAUGGCAGGCUUACAACUGCCCGAGAAGCGUAAGGAAUGUGAGUGAGCGGUGUGGAGCAGCACGGCGCUCCGCUGUCUCCGACUAUAGCUGCUUUUUGUCAGCUGAGCUGUUUGCAUCCCGAGGCCCAGCCGUUAUCACAGGCCUCAUCCCGGAAGGACACAUUUCCUGCACAGAGUCAGGAACUGACUCCAACAUGGGGGUCAAAACCUUCACCCACAGCUCGACCUCCCACAGCCAGGAGAUGCUGGAGAAGCUAAAUGCUUUACGUAACGAGGGACACUUAUGUGAUGUCACCAUCCGUGUGCAAGACAAGCUCUUCCUGGCCCACAAAGUGGUCCUUGCCUGCUGCAGUGAAUUCUUCCGCUCCAAACUGGUGGGCCGGCCGGAGGAAGAGGACAAGUUUGUGUUGGACCUUCAUCAUGUGACUGUUAGUGGUUUUGCUCCUCUGUUAGAAUAUGCUUACACGUCUACCCUCUCCAUCAGCACUGAGAAUAUCAUUGACGUCCUGGCGGCUGCAAGUUAUAUGCAGAUGUUUGCUGUGGCGAGCACAUGUUCAGAGUUCAUGAAGUCAAGUAUUCUGUGGAGCCCGGGUAACAACAAUAACAACAACAUGGCAGCAGAUAAACCGCAUGAAUCAACACAAGAGAGCGCCUCAUCAAACUGUGCCCUGACGCCACUGGACGGCAGUGUGUCACCUGUGUCUUCAGACUGCAGCGUGAUGGAGAGAAACGUUCCUAUAUGCCGUGAAUCACGACGGAAACGCAAGAGCUUUAUAACAAUGGCAUCACCUGAGAGUCCACUCAAAUGCACUACACAGAUUGUCACCACGUCCCCUCAGAUCCCCAAUCCAUCCCCUUCAUUCUCAGACACCACAGCUCAGCCUGUGGAGUCCUCCCUGGCCUUUCCAUGGACUUUCCCAUUUGGAAUUGACCGGAGGUUCCAUUCGGACAAAUCAAAGCUCCCUGAGAGCCCUCGUUGUUUAGAGCAGGGCACUCCAGGGACCUCAGAGGUGGUGGUUGGUCGGCGGCUCAGCGACUUCCUGACAUGCGAGAGCUCCAAGGCAGUGUCAUCGCCAGUGACAGCAGAGGAGGAAGAUGUGAGGGUCAAGGUGGAGCGUCUUAGCGAUGAGGAGGUCCAGGAGGCAUCCUCUCAACCGGUCAGUGCCUCCCAGAGCUCGCUGAGUGACCAGCAGACGGUGCCAGGGAGUGAACAAGUCCAGGAGGAGCUCCUCAUCAGUCCACAGUCCUCCUCUAUAGGGUCGAUGGAUGAGGGAGUGUCUGAGGGCUUGCCGUCAAUGCAGAGCACAUCUAACGCUGGAGGACAUGCAGAAGAUGAUGAAAGGUUGGAAGGUAUUCAGUAUCCGUAUCACCUCUAUAUCAGCCCUUCAGCCCGACCUGGCACCAAUGGCCCGGACCGGCCCUUUCAGUGUCCAACCUGCGGAGUCAGAUUUACACGCAUUCAAAAUCUUAAGCAGCACAUGCUCAUACACUCCGGCAUUAAGCCUUUCCAGUGUGACCGCUGUGGGAAAAAGUUCACACGGGCCUACUCCCUAAAGAUGCAUCGGCUGAAGCACGAAGGUAAACGCUGUUUCCGGUGCCAGAUUUGUAGCGCCACAUUCACGUCCUUCGGUGAAUAUAAGCAUCACAUGAGGGUCUCCCGACACAUAAUCCGCAAGCCGCGGAUUUACGAGUGCAAAACGUGCGGCGCCAUGUUCACCAACUCUGGCAAUUUAAUUGUACACCUGAGGAGUCUGAACCAUGAGGCAUCCGAACUAGCAAACUACUUCCAGAGCAGUGAUUUCCUCGUGCCCGACUACCUGAGCCAGGUACAGGAGGAGGAGGAGGUGCUGGGAGUCCAGUAUGAGCUGGAGGAGUCCCAGCAUCACCCCGUCUACCCAGGCAGCACCUCCACCUCAACCACCACUGCUGCCUCAUCCUCCUCCUCAGUCCAGAUGCCUGUCAUCUCCCAGGUCUCCUCCUCUACCCAAAAUUGUGAGAGUUCCUCCGGCUUCCUUUCACCUGAGCCCCUGGAUCCCCUGGAAGCCCCAGCCUCCCUCAAAAUGGACGCUGAUGAGAUGGCAACUAUGACAGAGGAGACCAAGGUGGACAACAGUGUAGGGGGCAGUUCUCCAGAGGUGUUUGAAGAGGAACAGCAGCAGCAGCAGCAGCAGCAGCAGCAGCAGCAUGCCCAGGCCAAGGAGCUUGUUUCCAUUACCAUAGAAUGAUUCAAGUCUUUUACUUGCCCAUCAUGUCUUAUUUUGCAGCCAUGUCAUAUGGGAAUACCUGUUGGAACACCAUGACGGCUAACGGGAUGACUUGGACACAUGUACAUGUUGAAACUUCAUCAUGUGAAACCAUCAAGACACCAUGAUUGAAGUUACCUGGAGACUUCAGUUGCCUUAGCGUUGCUUUCCACAUGCAACUCAGAUGCACUUAUUUGAGUUAAUAUUUUACAUAAAACCAAAUCCAGCAAAGUAAAUGAUAAUUUUCUUUUGUUUUCUUUGCAACUGCAGUAUAAUUCCUUAAACUUGACUGAAGCAAUUUCCUUGUUAGUGACAUGAGAUUUCAGUAGAUCAAAAAAAUUUGUCCAUCUCCAAACCUGAAUUUCAAAAUAUUUAUCACAUAGAUAAGCAAAUUAACUGUAUUUUUAGUGAGUAAUUUUUCAGACAAUUGUUUUUCCCAUAUGACAUGAAUGCAGCACUAGCUAAAGUAAUUUCUGUCUCUAAAUCCAAGCCUUGCCCUAUUUUUGGAAAGUGCCUGAGUUCCCAUUUUAACAAAGUAACCUGUAGAGGAAGAAGAGGUCUUGACUUUGCCAACAGGGACAAAUCAAGUCUUUGCAAACUGAGCUAAAGAAAAAAAUACUUGUAUUUCAUUUGUAGUGAUAAUGCUAGUUUGUAUGGGCAGAGACUGUGUUAAUCCUUCAGUGCCGUCGCUAUAGGCAAACUGUUAAAUGUCAAUAUUAUCUAUAUUGCAAUAGCUUGUACUGUAGUUUUACUGUUUGAAUGCUGUGUAAGUUGGAUGUUGUGAAAUGUGAUAUGUCAGAUGUGUGUGUGUAUGCAUUUCUUUUUAUCAAUAUGAACACAGUACAUUUCAUUUUUAAAUGUUUAAAACUUGAAAUUAUAUUGACAGAGUAUUCCCUUUAGAUGUUUGCGCAGUAUAUUAUUCUUCUGACCUGUUAAAAGUUUUUUUUUCUUUUUUUUUUUAAAUGAACACUGUUUUAAUCUAAAGCUAAACUCCAGGAGUUAAGAAAAACUCAUAUUAGCACUGAUGCUUCUUUUGUUUCAAAAUCCAAACAGAAAAUGGCAAAAAAUGACCAAAUUUUAUGUAAAAUGAGAAUUUUGAAUUUGAAGUUAAAAGAUUUUCUCACAGUUGCAUUGUUGUAGUCCCAAAUGAGCUCCAAGUUAAAGUUGCUGCCUGUCAAAUGGCAGGUUUUUCCAUUUUAAACAGUUUGUUAUAGAUAAUGAUAUCUGAUGUGGCUAUCGAAUUAUGGCCAUCCUGAUUUACCAAGGUACGCUGCUGAUAUUCUGAGAUGUUGCAUGUCUGUUGAAGUGAUGUUCCAUUUAGGUACACCAUGAUUGUCUUUUUUUUUUUUUUUUUUAAACCCUUAUGUGACUUGGUGGGUGAUAACCCAAGAAUAUUUUGUUACCCCAAGAUUGUGGAUUAACCACCAGCAGUCUCUCUUAGUUAUUUGUUUGUUUGUUUGUUUUUGUUUUUUACCUUGUUUUUUUUUUUACCUAAGUUGUUAAAAAUAGAAAAGCUACCUUGCAGAAAAUUCCCUGAUGAAAUGUUUUUAAAAAAUGACUGUGCGCCUGCAGCCAGGGAAGCAGGAAACGAUACCGAUUAUGAUUGCUGUCUGUGAUGGUCAGUUUUCAGUCCGAACAGAAUGAUGUUGGGUGUUACACGAUAAUAUUGCUUUGGAAGCAGUGAGAGUGUGCCUGUGUCUGAAUGCUAAUACUGUGAGUUGAUUCAUUCUAAAUGGUAACUUAAAUAAGUAGUGUUAGACAAUAGCUUAUCUUUCACUUUAAACUGACAACUCAGUUUGGCAGUUGAUGUUACUAAUUUCAUUUAGUUUUUUCAUUCUGAUUUGGGUCAAACCUCCAACUGUUGUUAUCCAUGUUGUGCCAAUAUGGUUGUAAUUCUGUGCAUUGUUGUGCCUGUGAUGAGGAGAUAAUGAUACCCAUGGUGACUAUCCAUGAGUUGAAUGCUACUGACUGUGAAUGGGUUUCUUGUUCAGAAAUAUUAUUUUCUGUUGCUCCCUGAAAAUAGUAUUAAUGGCCCACAUUUAGGAUUAUCACAUAACAGGAUGUAAGCCCUCAUGCACAGGGUCGAUUGUCAAUGUAAAGAUGAAUAUUGCUGUGAUAUGGGCAUCAAAAUUAUCUGAUCAUUGAAAUUCACUAAGAGCUAUUGUGGCCCUGUGCCAUCCUAUCAGUCACUUUUUCAAAGUUGUGCCAUUUGCCCUUUAUAUCUGGGUACAAAUCAAGCUUUUUCCUACAGGACCAAAUGUCCUCUAUCUCAUUGGGGAUUUGCCAUGGCAAUCAGUAACUGCACAUAAUAGAAUAAAGAGAUAAUCAUUUUAAGUGGUCCAUGCUAUUUAGCAAAGGGGCUUCGCUGUUUCACCCCUGAAAACACUGUAUGAUGUUGUGCAUUUAAGAGGCUAGCCUUAGUAAAUGGACCUAUUAACUCUAGUUGCACAAUAUCAAAAUUUUAAAAACGUUUUCUAAUCUCCAUUUGUAUGUCAUGCUUUUUCAUCUGUCGUGUUGGUGUCUGUAUUCAAACGUUUUUAUAAUGAAAUGCUGCUGUUUGUUGAAACGCAAAGUGCCCAAAAUAUUUUUGUGAACCAAUGGUGUGCAAUAAAUAGACAGGUGGUGUUUUAAAAGUUUUAAUUUUGUCUUUGGAAUGAUGAAUUAUAUAUUAAAAAAAGAAUGUAUCAUUUUGUUUUAUUCAAAUGUGACUGAAGGUGAAUCAAACAGGCAAGGACCCCAUUUGAUCUGUGAAACAAGGAACAAGGCUUUGAUAUCAAAUGACUGGUUCUAUUCAACUCCUUUCUGUUUGUUUCUAAAGAUGCAUGUUCAUAUUGUUCUGUGAAGUGGAGAGCAUGUCUUCAGUUGGCAAUGCAUUCUGUCAAGGCCUUAUUAUUUGAUGACUCUUCAUCCAGCAUAGCUUUGAUCUGUUGUACAGCAUGCCCUCUUAUUUUCUAUAUGUUAUCCCUUUAUGUGCAAUGUUUUAAAAUAUCUUGAUUAUAUACAGGACAUGCCUUUUCAAUGUACACUUGAUGUUGUAUACGUUUUCCAGUCCUAAUGGUUUAUUUAAAAGUAGGAAAAUAUAAGUAAAAAACAUGGUAGCUCUUCAUAAUGGCAUAUAUAUUUUUGGUGACUUUUGUAUGGGUGCUGUUUCAUGGCAUCUUUGGAUAUUCUUGUUAAAUGUGAAUAGAACAGAUAAAUCCAGGAGUAUGGGGGGCCUUGGUAGUCUUCACUUUGUGACUGUCUAUAUAUGUGACUGUGUGUGUGUGUGUGUUACACAUUACACACAUAUUACACACAUAUAUGCGCGUGUGUGUCAUCUAUAUGUUUUAUAUAUAUAUAUUAUACACACAUAAAGGAGACAUAUUAAAGGAAAAACCUAAAACUUGGUGGAGAAACAGGAUGACAGUUCCCCCAUCCAAAAGGUAAAAUGGGUCACUGAAUGGUUUGAAGAGUAUGAAAAUUAUACUGUGGCCAUUAUAGUCACCAGACUUCAACCCAAUUGAACUCCAAUGGGAGAUUUUUGACCACCACCAUGCAAACGAGGGAAUACCUUUUAGAAGAAUGGUGUUCCCUCCCUGAUGCUGUUUUAGUGGCUUGUUGUGGCCCAACAGCUUACUAAGACAAUUCUUGUUGGUUUUUCCUUUAAUUCGUCAUCCGUCUGUGGUAGCCAUAUAUAUAUAUAUAUAUAUGAAAUACACACACACACAGUUAGAUAUGCAUAUGUACAUACACACACACAUAAUGUGUGUGUAUGUACACUCAUACUAUGUUGCACUCAUACUAUGUUGCGUAUUCUUUAUAGUGUAGGCUAAUUGAUUACAACCUGCUUUGAAACAGAUGUUGUAUUUUGUGUCUUUGAUACUGUAUUUAAGCUGUAGUUUGGAGAGACUGUACAAAAACAUCCCCAAUAGUAACGCAACCUGCACAUUGAAUAGGGAGAACUAAUGCUUGUGGUGUUGAGUGUUUUAACUGGAUCAUAUUCCACAGUUGGCUUUUAAAAACUGACAAGACCACUCUGUAUUUUAGGGUUUAUGGUUGUUCUGAAUCUUUACUAGUGUUCUGGCUUUGCAGUCCUGUUAUUAAAAGAGUCGUUUUUGUAAAAGUAUAAAAUGUAAAUAAAAAAACCAAAAGUCAGAGUAAGUCUAAAA